AUGAGGAUACAGCUCCAACCAAAGAUGGUCCAUGCUGAUGCAUCCAACUUCGCCGAUGGCUUGACCAAGGAGCAGGCCUACCAGCAAGUUUUAGACCAAGCUGAGGGGUUAUUUUAUGGCCAGAGGAAUUGGGUCUGUAACCUUUCCAACGCAGCAUCCCUCCUCUGGCAUGCUUACAAAGCCCUCCCAUCUCCGAGUAACCGUGUCAAUUGGGCCGGCUUCUACACCCUCGACCCACUUUCCUCGCCAACCUCUCCCUCCCUGAUCUUGGCCCCCUUCCAAGGCAAAGUAGCCUGCCAAACUAUCCCCUUUGGCCGUGGAGUAUGCGGGGCAGCUGCUGCCACAGCGCAAACACAGCUUGUCACCGAUGUGGACGCAUUUCCGGGCCACAUUGCUUGCGACAGUGAGAGCAAGAGUGAGAUAGUUGUGCCUAUUGUUGUUGGAGGGGAAAAGAGGAGAGUAGUUGGGGUUAUUGAUGUUGAUUGUGCUGAGAAGAAUGGGUUCGAUGAGACGGAUCGUGUUUGGUUGGAAAAAUUGGCAGAGUUGAUUGCGAACGGGUGUGACUGGCCUUUUUAA